UUUAGAUUAAAAAAGAAGAUCACCAAGAAAUGACGUUGCGCGUUCGUGAAGCAAAUUCGAAUUCAGAUUUGACAUCGAAUUUAUAUUUUUAAAUUGUGCCAGUGUUGUGCGGUUUUUAGAUAUUUUCGCAGUGGUAACACUGAACUGUCUUACGUGGUUCUUUCAAUUUACCGGUCUUUCAAUUUACCGUGAUCCGACUCAUAGUAUGUAGUUAUUACUGUAUCGUAUUAGAUAAAAAGUGAUAUAGAUUGUAUUAUAAUAUUUUCUGGAAAAUAAGCGUAAAUUAAAGUAUAGUAAGUAUAGUAGUAAAGUAGAAAUAAGCGUGAAAGUUUUGUGUACAUUUUUUGCAAUCAGCAGUUUUAUUUGAUCUGAAGAUUAAAAAAUUAAAUAAAAGAAAAUGGCGAAAAUUGGCGCGCUGAUUCUGUUAUGUCAAAUUAUAACCGUGCCAAUUUUGGGAGGUCGCAGCGACGAUGAAAACCCCUUCUUGGAUAUGGCGUCUUCCUUUCUCCAGAAUAUGGGAGAUGGCGGGAAUAAUGGGGUUGGUUUGGAUGCCAUCGGCAGUGUGCUCAGUAACCUAAUGCAACAAAAGGACACUAUGAAUAAUCUUGGAGCUAUGUUGGGACAGAAUCUAGCUGGGAAGAACCAGGGAGGUGGCAGUGAUCUGCUAUCAGGUCUCGGCAGCCUCCUCGGCGGCCAGGAUGGCAAGAUGGAUCCUACUAUGAUGAUUAAUAUGGUGUCCAUGUUCGCACAAAUGGGCAAAAACGAACAAACAAACAGACAGAAGAGAGAUACCAAUAAUGAUUUCAAUCUAGAAGGCCUCAUGAAUCUCGCUUCAGGGUUCAUAGGUGGGAAAAGCAAUGGCGCUGAAAACAUUUUACCUUUGAUAAUGAACGGCCUGAGUUCUUUAACAGAUUCAGAAAGCCAGAAGCGAGCUGAAGAUCACAAGGAUCACGCAGACUUCCUUCCACCUUUCUUAGAGAAGGUUCAUCUGUAUUGGGAUCUGUUUAUAAAUUCUGAACUAGGGAAGACUGUGUGGGAGAAGUCGGGUUUAAGGAAGGCGAUGAAGGCGUUCAUUGGUCCCGAUGGGAAGGUCAGCUUUGAGCUGAUGCUGAGCAACUUUGAGAACCAUUCAUUUAGGAGACACUGGAUCAAGGCUGCUGCGAAAUACUUGACUGAUACCGUCGUGUCUGUGGCGAAGCCUGAAGUUUACCAAAGGUACAUGACGUCGAUCCAGUACAUCCUGAACAGCUUCCUUGACGCCCAGGGCCUUCCUAAAUCCACGCACCUGAACCUCAAGAACCCCACCAAGUCCAUCAGCUCCCUCGUCAACUUCGUGCUCAAGAAGUAUCUGGAUAUCGACACCGAUGUCACCGGGUAUGUCGCGCCCAGCGUCGAAUAUAUUAGGCAAACGUUGAAAAUGGGCGAGACUGUGACCCAAUCGCUGGCGAGCCGCGGCGACUACAACACUCUGGUCGAGCGCAUCACGGACGCGCUCAACAUGGACGUCAUCGAACCAGUCCUCAGAGUCUACCGCGCUUAUCUCCACUCUGUGAAGGCGCCGCAUUGCUCUGAGCACCUCAUGUGUCUUGUCAACAAGCACAGUGAAAAGGACAAAAAAGGUUUUAAGGCUGGUCUGACGAAACUAAGCAGUCUUGCUGCGUGUGCUGCCCUCAGCUUCCAAAACGGAGGUGGAUUCUGGGACCUGUACUCGGCCAUGCGAAGGGACGUCAAUUGUGAGGCGGCGUACCCAGCAGAUUGCUCUGCGUUCCACGAACACGAAUUGAAAGUAACAACAGAGGUCUACCACAGCGAGCUAUAAGAUUUAAACUAUAUAAGCUAUAAAUACCUACUCCAUUUCACAAGCUCAUGAAGUUUAUCCUAUUAUUUUAAACAUAAACUCUUUGGUGGAGUCUGUCACUCCACUCAUACCCUAGUGUCAAUAUAGUUUUUUUUUUGUAUUCUGGCUACAUCGUUCGCCUAAACGAUGUUUUCCCAACGUCAAAGUUGAGACCAACAUAGUAUAGUCAAGGAUAUGAGAUCAUUACAUUGAUGUUCGUAAAUUUGUUGGUAUGGUACCUAUUUUCUGUCUUCCCUUCGGUUUGUCUUCGGGUUUUCUUCCCAGUUCUUUUCAAAAGCUUUCCAACCAACACGUCUACUUACAAAGUGUAGACAACGGAUUUUAAACGAACUACAUUUUUUGCACAUUGCAAUAACCUUUUGGGUUUUUUUUUACCUUUGAAAAAUCUUAACAGUUUAAAUUGAUUAUAUUAAUUAGGGUAAUUGGAUAACCCCUCACAUUUUCAAAGUAAAUUACGCAGCACAAAAGAUGUACUUAAAUUUUUCUAUGGAAAAGCAUAUUUACUUAUUAUAGCCCCCUCACAGUGUCGUUGUCUGAGCGGAAUGGCGAUAUAAAUACAUUUAAUUUUAAACUAUCUUAUAGAUCGCGAAUUCAAAUAAAUAAAUUAUAAAAUCUUCAAUAGAAACUAAAAACACGUUAUACCAAUACAUAAGGAUUUUAAUUAUAACUUUUUACAAUACAUUUUAUAUGAAAUUAAAUUAGUUCAUUCUAAUCAUGGGUAUUUACGAACUUUACUUUUUACUCCUCUUGUAUGAAUUGAAGAUAUAAUUUUCGAAAGUGAGACUACACCCUAAUUUAAGGCUUAAUUACGAAUUAAAAUAUAUAUAU